UGGUGACGUCACGCGCGUCUCCUGCCCGGGCCAAGAUGGCGGCGCUCUGCUUUUCUUGCCGGCGGGUUCAGUGAGGGGGGGGGCGCGGUGGAGCCUGCCAUGGAGGGCGUCUUCGCCCAGCACAGCGUGAGGGUCCUUCAAGAGCUCAACCGCCAGCGCCAGAGGGGCCAGUUUUGCGAUGCCACCCUCGCCGUGGGCAGCCUGGUCUUCAAGGCCCACUGGAGCGUCCUGGCCUGCUGCAGCUCCUUCUUUCAAGCCACCUAUGACGGCGGCGGCAGCGCCAGCGGCAGCAAAAUCCUCCUUCCGGAGAGCUUCCUGGAGGCCUUUGCCCUCCUCCUCGACUUCUUCUACACCGGCCACCUGGCCGUCACCUCGGACAACCGGGACAGGCUACUGGAGACGGCCAAGGAGCUCCGCGUCCCGGAGGCCGUCCAGCUGUGCCAGGAGUUUCAAGCCGCUCUCUCGCCGGGUGGCGACGUUCCUGGCGACAAAAUCCCUGACGCCGCCUCGCCGGUGGAGGAGUCGACUUGCGAGGCUGAGCCCCCCGUCCCCCCGUCCUCGGAAAGUCCCCGGACCCGGGGCGUCCAAGGAGCUCAGGGGCCACGGGUCGGCCCCGCCCUCCCCCGGGGGAAGUUGAAAAGGGUCCCCAAAACUAACGUUGUAAGCCGCGCAGGCGACGUAAAGGAGACCCCGGAAUGUAAGGAACUUAAACGGCCCCUGAAAAACGAAGCCGCCGAGGAUGCGGGCGCCAGUCACGAGAAGACCCCAGAGGUCCUGGGAUCGAGCGACCCCCCUUCUGAAGAUCACAACGGAGGAAGGGAAAAAGACGACACGGAUGAAGAUUACGUCCCCGCUCCAAAGAGCAUCCGGGGGAGAAAAAGACCGUCCUUAACCAGAGCCUCUCGCAACGGCUCCAAAAGCCCCGGAAGCAGCCACAGUCACAAGUCUGCGGCCCUCAGACCCCGCAGAGGCACGGCUGAACCGGUGGAAUGUCCCACCUGCCAUAAAUCUUUCCUCAGCAAAUAUUAUCUGAAGGUCCACAACAGGAAGCACACGGGGGAGAAGCCCUUUGAAUGUUCCAAGUGUGGGAAGUGUUACUUCCGAAAGGAAAACCUGCUGGAUCACGAAGCCAGGAACUGUGUGAGCCGGUCCGAGCAGGUGCACACCUGUUCUGUCUGCCAAGAGGUUUUCAAGAAGCGGGUCGAACUCCGGCUGCACAUGGUGACUCACACAGGCGAGAUGCCUUACAAGUGCUGUUCCUGCCUCCAACAGUUCAUGCAGAAGAAGGAACUGCAGAGCCAUCUCAUCAAGCUGCACGGCGCACCCAAGCCGCACGCGUGCCCCUCCUGCUCCAAGUGCUUCCUCUCGCGCACGGAGCUGAGCCUCCACGAAGCCUUCAAACACCGGGGCGAGAAGCUCUUCGUCUGCGAAGAGUGCGGCCACCGCGCUUCCAGCCGGAACGGCCUGCAAAUGCACGUCAAGGCGAAGCACAGGAACGAACGGCCGCACGUCUGCGAGUUCUGCCAGCACGCCUUCACCCAGAAAGCCAACCUCAACAUGCACCUCCGGACCCACACGGGCGAGAAACCCUUCCAGUGCCACCUCUGCGGGAAAACCUUCCGCACACAAGCGAGCCUGGAUAAGCACAACCGGACCCACACGGGGGAGCGCCCCUUCAGCUGCGAGUUUUGCGCCCAGAGGUUCACUGAGCGAGGCCCGCUCCUCAGACACGUGGCCAGCCGGCACCAGGAAGGGCGGCCGCACUUCUGCCAGAUCUGCGGGAAAACGUUCAAAGCGGUGGAACAGCUGAGGGUCCAUGUCCGUCGACACAAAGGGAUGCGGAAGUUUGAGUGCACGGAAUGCGGAUACAAAUUCACACGGCAGGCUCACCUGAGGCGCCACAUGGAAAUCCACGACCGCGUCAAGAACUACAAUCCCCGCCAGAGGAAGCUGCGUAACCUGGUUAUCGAGGACGAGAAGGUUGUGGUGGUGGCCUUGCAGGCCCCCAAUGUCCUGGAGGUGGGCUCGGCGGAGGUGAUCGUGGAGGCCCUGGCCCAGAGCGCCUCCCACGCGGGUCUCCCCGCCGGACAGAGACUUUGCGCCAACGAGAAUUUGGCUCCCGCCGAAGUCACGGAACAGUCCUUCCUCAUAACCAUCCCGAGCGACUGUGGGAUGUAGCGGCCUGCUCCCCCGUAAUAAAAAGAUUA